AUGCCCUUCUUAGAGAAUAGCACAGAGGUGACUGUGCUAUUCAUUCUUGCCGGGAUAACGGAUGCCCCAGAACUGCAGCUCCCACGCUUUCUCAUGUUCGCUCUCAUCUGCCUCAUCACUCUGGUUGGGAGCUUGGCGGGGAUCACACUGGUCCUGCUGGACUCUUGUCUCCACACGCCCACGUACUUCUUCCUCAGUCACCUCUCUCUGGCGGACUUUGGUUACUCCACGGCUGUCACUCCCAAAGGGAUGGCAGGAUUCCUCACAGAGGACAAGGUCAUUUCCUACGAUGCACAUGCUGCUCAGUUUGUCUUUUUGGCUGUCUUUCUCACUGUGGAAACUUUGCUCUUGGCCUCAAUGGCCUAUGACCAUCAUGCAGCGGUGUGUAAACCACUACAUUACAGCAACAUCGUGACAGCAAGGGUGUGUGCAUGGAUGGUCAUAGGGUCCUACGUCCUUGGAUUUCUGGAGGCCUUGGUGCACACUUGGAACACGUUCAGUCUCUCUUUCUGCAAAUCCAAUGUGAUUGAUCACUUUUUCUGUGAUGCUACCGCUCUCCUGGCUGUCUCAUGCUCAGAAAACAACAGAAGUGAGAUGGUUUUAUUUCUUUUGGUAGGCUUCAAUGUCCUCUUUUCUGUCCUGGUCAUCCUGGUCUCCUACCUGUUUAUAUUUGCCACCAUUCUGAGGAUGGAGUCAUCUGAAGGACAUCAGAAGGCCUUUUCCACCUGUGCUUCCCACCUCACUGCCAUGUCCAUCUUCUAUGGGGCAGGCAUCUUCAUGUACUUACAGCCUGGCUCCAGCCAUACUAUGGACACAGACAAAAUAGCAUCUGUGUUCUGUGCUAUUGCUGUCCCCAUGCUGAAUCCUCUGAUCUAUAGCCUGAGGAACAAAGAGGCCAAGAUUGCCUUUAAAAAGGCUGUGGAGAAAGCAAAGUCUUCUAUAAGACUCAAAAUUUAA